ACUAAAAUGACUAAUCAAAAUUGACAAUAAAAUAGAUAAAUUACUAAAAAUAAUAAACAAAUAUCAAGAAGAAUAAGAAAUAUAUAGAAUAUAAUAAUAAAUAUUUAAAAUCAAUAUUAGAAGAUCUAUUUAAAUCGCUAAUCCAAUUAGAAAUACUAUUAAAAAUAGUUAAAAUAGAACCUAGUCGAUCAUCAAGACCAAAGAAGGAUAAAUGGAAUCGAGUCAGAAAGAAUUAAACAUAUUUCCAUAAUUGAAAAAAAAUUAGAACGAAAAGAGAACGAAAGUAACCAAGUAAUAAAUAAAAUAACAACAUUCUGUAGCAAAUCUGGAAAAGAAAAUACGACUAUAGGAAGAGAAUUAGAAUUAGUAAAUUUAAUUAAUAAGAAACAUCUAAAAUAUAAUAUUAGAAAGUUACAAGGAUAUUUAACAUAGAAAAUUAUACAACACAUCAUGAUGUACGAGAAUUAAAUAUAUAUUUGCUUCAGCAAAUUAUUCGAUUAUUAUAACUUAUAAUGGUAAUUGAAAUACAUGAUAAUUGAUUCUACAUUUCCUAUUCGAAAAUUGGUUUGGUAUCAAAGUCUUCAAAAGAGGAUUCCAACUAAAUAGAAUUCAUAAGAUAUAUUUGCUUUAGAGAAUAAUUCAAUUAUUAGAAAACAUAAUGAUAAUUGAAAAUACUUAUAAUGAUAGUUGAUUCUAAAUUUUCUAUUCACAAAUUAGUUUGGUAUCAAGUCUUCAAAAGAGGAUACCAACUAAAUAAUAAAAAUUGUUGUUUUUUAUAAGUCAAAAUAAUUUUUUACAAUAAGAAAAGUACAAGGAUCAAUUAAGAAAUUUAGAAAAUAGUAUAUUCCAAGAAUAUUCUGUUAAUUUUAACAGAAUGCACCUAACAUUAAACUUAAGUGGUACCGGGUGCACAAAUAAUAAAGUUUAGUGGUACCCGACGCCCUAUUCAAACUUAAGUGGUAUGUCUGUCCCAAAUCUCAAACUUAAGUGGUAUCUAAGGUAUUUUACCCACAAAAAUAUUGUCUGUUUUGGGUCAAGAUCCUCACGAUUUUUACUUUGGGGUCCAAUUUAAGGUGACUUUUCAGAAUAUCACCCAUCCUUAUUGUACUCUACAAUAAACACGUUUAACUUCGGAGUUCUCACAAGAACUCCUCAAUUUCACCCCAAAAAGUGUCUUGUCAGUUACGGCCGUUUUCUUACUUAUGAACCAUGAAUCUCUCCGUGCUUUGUCGAUGUGGGAUUUGCAUCAUUUGCCUAAUGUGUUAGGAUUAGUGUCUGAAACGAUGCGGUUUUAUUAUUCAUAUUGAGAAGUUGGAGUAUAGACCAUAGAUUAGAAUAAAUAGUACAAAGUAUGUGAUGAAUUCGUCUAGUAUAAUUGUAGAAGAAAUAUAUUUUAAGUAUGACAUAGUAUUUUAUGAUAAAAACUUAUUAUUUUAAUUAGAAGAGAGCACACAACGGAACGGAAGCGGUCAAUAAUUUUUCUGUAAGAACGGAUCUCUGUUUCUCUGACUUUUUGUAUGUUUAUUGUUCUGUAUAUAUGCAAUCAUCUAUUCUCAAGACUCUCAUAUUCACUUUUUCUACUCAAAACAUGGAAAUCAGAAAAUCAUUUUGCUCAUUUUAUGUGGUAUUAUUAUGGCUCUUGAAUAUCAGUAUACAACUUGCUGGAGUUUUUGGUCAUGACUCAACAGGGCCUGUUCCAGGGGGUGGUACUGAUGCUUCUGGAGCGGUGAAACUUCUGUGUGAUGAUCCAAAACAUGUCACGAUCGACAAUGGGAUCAUACAGUUGACAUUGGCGAAUCCAAUUGGACGAAUCACUGGACUAAAAUAUCAUGGAUCCGAGAAUUUAUUGCACAAUGUUGAAUCCAAGUUCUGGGGAGCGUACUUUGAUGUCUCCUAUAAUGUGAUUCCACCACGUCAAGGGGCAGGGGGUUUACAUAGAGUGGAGGCAACGAAAUAUACUGUCAUCACAGAGAAACCAGAUAUAGUGGAAGUGUCAUUCAGUGCAGCAUGGAAUCCAGAGCUAACAGAUUCUGUCGUUCCACUCAAUUUUGACAUAAGAUAUAUAGUACGAAAGGGUGAUUGUGGAUUUUAUACUUACGUCGUUGAGGAAAGACUGAAAGACUGGCCAGACAUGGACAUGAGUCUACACUUUUUCGUUUUCAGGCCUAAUAAACAGUUAUUCAACUUUAUGGCAGUGUCCGACGAAAUUCAAUUGGUUAUGCCGACAGAAGAGGAUCGAGCAACUGGUAUAACCCUAGCUCCUAAAGAAGCUGUGCUAAUAACCAAACCUGUAUCUAAUCCGGAUUUGAAAGACCAAGUGGAUGACAAGUAUGAAUACAUCCAAGAACAGAAGAAUUCAAAACUCAAAGGUUGGAUCUCCGAUAAGUCCAAAAUAGGGUUUUGGUUGAUUCAGCCUAGCACCGAAUACAUGAACGGCGGACCCAUCAAAUAUGAUCUCUCUUGUCAUUUAGGGCCAACUUGUGUCAUGGUUUUCACGGGAGAACAUGUUUAUGGAAAUGAUGUCGACAUGGUGUUCAAAAAAGGAGAGGGGUGGAAUAAACUGUUUGGACCAUUUUUCGUUUAUCUAAACUCCGACCAAGAUCGUGCAGGCCUCUGGAAAGAUGCCAAAUCACGGUUGGAGAAAGAAAAACAACUUUGGCCAUAUAGUUUUGUUCAACAUAAAGAUUACCUUCCAGCUGCCCAACGCGGAAGUGUUAUUGGCCAAUUACUCGUUGACGACAAAUACAUAUGCCAGACUCCUAAGGAGGCAUGCAAAGCAAUGGUGGGUUUGGGAGCGCCCGGUACAACUAAUGAAGCAUGGCAACGUGAAGCAAAGGGUUAUAGCUUUUGGACGGAAGCAGAUGAGAAAGGAAACUUUGUGAUUAAGAAUGUGAGGCCUGGAGACUACAAUUUAUAUGGUUAUGUUCCGGGUAUAAUAGGCAGUUUAAGACAUCCUCAACUUAUUACGGUGAAACCAGGGAAUGAGAUCAACCUUGGCCAAGUUAUCUAUAAGCCUCCAAGAAAUGGUCCUACGAUAUGGGAAAUUGGCAUUCCAGAUCGUUCUGCUAAAGAAUUCUUUAUCCCAGAUCCAGAUCCAAAGGCUCUGAACAAGUUCUGGUUAGAUAAACCAGAUCAGAAGUUUAGGCAAUGGGGAUUGUGGGAUCGAUAUCCUGUGUAUUGGCCUAAAGAGGAUGUUGUUUUUGAAGUCGGUCGUAGCAACUAUAGCAAGGAUUGGUGUUUUGCUCACUUUUUAAGGUCAGAUGGAAAGACUUGGAAUCCCACAAUUUGGAAGAUUAUUUUUGACCUUCCAGAAGUAUGCACAACCGGAAGUUACACUAUCCACAUAGUAUUGGCAGCCGCGGAAUUGACAAAUACACUUGUUUAUGUAAACGACUUAAACGCCAGGAGGGCACAUUAUAUGACGGGGACUUGUGGAGAUGACAAUGCAAUUGCAAGACACGGAGAUCAUGGAUUUUAUAGGUGUUUUAGUGGACCUCUCCCAGCAAACUUAUUUGUGAAGGGGAAGAACACAAUUUUCCUAAAACAAGCCAGAUCCAAUACUUACAUGUUUGCCGGGGUGAUGUACGAUUACAUUCGUCUCGAAGCACCGCCUCCUCCCACAGCAGAACCAAAAGAGCUAUAACUUCAUAGUUUUGUUUUGUGUUAUUGUAAGAUGUAUGAAUUCAUAAUCUCACCAUAGCAAUUGAUGAAAGUUCAAAUAAAAUUUCACCAUAUAUAGCCUAUGUUUAGUGAAGGAAACACCAAAAGACUAGAUCUCUGACCGCUUAUGCUCAAACACAACCUGCAAAGGUGAAGAAUAUCCAAGUAAGUAGCUUAAUAUUGAAGUCCCAAUCCUCUCAAUUAAAGAACAAACUGAUUUCGAAACG